AUGACUGCUGUGGCAUCUCCACCUAGUGUACAAUCGGGGUCUCGCUUGGGAUGGUACAGUUCUGGUAACGGAGGUCAAGGAGCCCUGUCUUCAGUGAACACGGACGACGUCUCGCGGAUGUUUAUGCCACGGAAGCACGUUCAGCGAUCCAACUCCUCUUCUUCCCUAGGGUCGAACUCAUCAACAUCUUCGACAUCUACCGUGACGAAUUCUCCACAGGAAUCGCAUGCCAACCAGAGUUCCGGCAGCGAAUCAGGAACUUGGUCAUCAAAAAAGAAGACCUCCAAAAAUCCCUGGCCGACCUCGAAGUCUGAGCCGGUAUCAGGGGUAACGAACGCGCGAUCUCAGGCUGUGCCUGCAUUUUCUUCGGGGCCCAGCGCAUCUUCAACGAUGUCCGCCAUGCACCAGACUUCGAAUAUCGUCCCAUCGCAACACAUGCCUCCCUCCUCGCAACAAAAUGGCGUCCGUGCGAACGGACAGUCCGCAGAAUCUCCGGUGAUGCUGAUACUGGUCCCCAUGAACGGCACUUUCGACAGGAAACAAAUCAACGUGCCCUAUUACCCGGAAGUUCUGCGCAUUGGACGCCAGACAAAUGCCAAGACAGUACCUACACAUCUCAAUGGGUUCUUUGACUCCAAGGUUCUUUCCAGACAGCAUGCUGAACUAUGGGCCGAUAAGUCCGGCAAGAUCUGGAUUCGCGACGUCAAAUCCUCGAACGGUACCUUUGUGAAUGGCCAGAGAUUAUCUCCCGAAAACCGGGAAUCGGAGCCGCACGAGGUUCGCGAAAGCGAUACCCUGGAACUUGGUAUCGACAUCGUCAGCGAAGAUCAGAGCACCAUCGUUCAUCACAAAGUCUCGGCUAAGGUUGAGCAUGCCGGCUUUUACGGCAACACACCCAGCAUCCUUGACCUGAACUUCGGGGACUUGGACCCUGCCUCUGGGGGCGGCCUUCUUCCUUCCCCCUGA